AAGAGCGCGUUUGCCCGCGCUGCGAAUUUGAAAAAAGAAUAUUCCAUAGAUUUCAAAUUUUAACUUUUUUUUUCAUACAGUGAUUUUCAAAAACUCAAACACGUUGCGUUCAAGUGCCAGUGUUUUUAUCGUUGAAAGUUUGGCGUGUGACUUGAUAUUCGAAUUCAAAGAACCAGUCAAAGCCAAGAUGACUCUAGAACAGCCAACUGGUGAGAUGUGGCAGAAGAUCAGGGAGGAGCUGAAUGAAAACCAAGAGACCAAAGACGCAGACCUCGCACACAUUAAAGAAUGGCUCAAGCAACAACCCCAUUUACCUGAUGAGUUUGAUGAUCAGCGGAUCAUGACCUUCCUUCGUGGCUGUAAGUUCUCUCUGGAGAAGACCAAGCGCAAACUGGACAUGUACUUCACUAUGCGCACAGCUGUGCCCGAAUUCUUCAAUGACCGUGACGUCACACGCCCUGAACUCCAGGAGAUUUUGAACAUGGUCCAUAUGCCACCCCUACCCGGUCUUACGCCUGAGGGUCGACGGGUGACCGUCAUGAGAGGUCUCGACAAAGAUGUGCAAACACCAAACGUUGCUGACGCCUUCAAGCUGGCUUUGAUGCUUGGUGAUGUGAGGUUGGCAGAAGAGAAGGAAGGCGUUGCUGGCGAUGUCUACGUCUUGGAUGCGUCAGUGGCUACACCUACGCAUUUCGCCAAAUUCACCCCAACAUUGGUGAAGAAGUUUUUAGUUUGUGUACAGGAAGCAUAUCCAGUAAAACUAAAGGAGGUGCAUGUCAUCAACAUAUCUCCACUAGUGGACAAGAUUGUCAAUUUCGUAAAACCAUUCAUCAAGGACAAGAUCAAAGACAGGAUCUUCCUUCACUCGGAUCCCAAUGAAUUAUACAAAUACGUACCUAAAGAAAUGCUUCCAGCUGAGUUUGGUGGUAACGCUGGCACAAUGGCUGACCUCCACAAGGCUUGGGUGAAGAAAUUAGAAGAAUACACACCAUGGUUCGCAGAACAAGAGAAGUUGAAGGCCAACGAAGAGUUAAGACCAGGAAAGCCUACCAACUAUGAUGAACUGUUUGGCAUAGAUGGAUCCUUCCGUCAAUUAGUUAUUGACUGAUCUCAAGACAGUCUAUAGGUACAAGUGACGCGUAAUAUCAAUGAUAAAUAUGUUUACUCUAUCAAUCAUACAGGAAGUAACGACACCGUGUGUUUUAUAUCUCAUUAGAACACAUGUGAUAUUAGCAGAAUUUUUAAUUCGCUGUUAAAUUUGCUAAAAGUGAUUGUUUACGCCAAUGAGCGAAAUGUAAACGUAUUCAUAAUUGUUAUAUUUGUCACUUGUCAGACUCAGAAUAGGUUAGAGUACCUCAUCAUCGUUAAUGAUUGGUUUACAAGUGUCUAUAGAAUUCUUUCUUUUGGUAUGUUAUUAACUUCAAUAAGUACUACUUGGAAUUUGGACAAAUAAUAACAUUUCUACUAUCUUGCUGUUAAAAAUUAUCAUAUUAAUAUUCAAAAGUUUACGUUAAUUAGAUACUUUAUUCGAUUUUCAUAAACAAAACAUAAAAAUUAUAAUAAAAUAAUGUUACAUAUAAAAAUGGAAUUAUCCAUAAUAACAAAUUGAAUUGACACUAUUAUUCAUAAUUUGUUUUUAGUCUAUACCCGUAAUCAUAGUCUGUCAUAUUGUUUUAACAUUAUGGAAGGUGUUAAAGUAAUUUCUGAUACAUUGUAUUUGCAUUUAAAUAUCUCUAGUUACAACUUUGUGGCAUGUAAUAUCACUUAUGUUUGUAUUGUAUAAAUAAACAUAUAACGAUUUAAAAGAAUAUAUUUCUAUUGACUCCUUGAUGAGGUACUGUUCUUAGCGUCUUUUACUGUCGCUUCAUCGGUUACCACUUGUUUAAUUCUUAUUAUAAAUUGUUUUAUUGUCAACCAAAGUUAUUGCUCAAGGCAUACUGCGUUCAUUGUAGAUAUGUUAUAAACUUUGUUUUGUGUUUUCGUUAAGAUUUUUUUUUUUACUAUUAAAU